AUGGUGAACUUGUAUUCCACUGUCCUGGACUUCAUUUGUAGAGCUAAGAGGCACCGUGAUUCCUCGCGCUUGAGUGAGUUGAUUCAAUGGAUUGAGGAUUAUGGGUGUGCUGACCGAGAAUUAGAGCGUGUCUUGAACUUAACGUCUCAGUUGUCCAUUCAAGAGUCAGUGACGCAAAUGGAGGCCGCAGAGCAGAAAGUCUCAGCUUUGAAGAGUCUCGUUGAUAGUGAAAGGGUGGAAGAUAUUCACGACGGCAUAUCGACGAUGCUCCUCACGACCACCUCGACCGCUGAAGACGUCGAAAACAUCCGAAAAAGACUGGAGGCAACUCUUGCAGGCCUUGAGCGACCCCUGAUUAGGAUUACAGAUCAGGUAUCUGACCUCUAUGGUGCUCUGAAAAGUACUCUUCUCAUGCAGGAAAAACAUGGAACACCAAGGCUAAUUAUGACCAGAAAGCAAGAGAAACGAGCUUCUAUCGUGGAUUUCCCCUGUCGCCGCCCAACAACACUACAGGGAGGCAUUGGCAUCUGUUAUAUCUGGGUCAGGCGAGUGGCUCUCUCAAGAUCAAUGCUUCAUGACCUGGAAAGACUCGAGCAGUUCGGAAACAUUUUGGCUAUAUGGCAUGCCGGGGUGCGGAAAGACAAAACUUGCAGCCCGAACGAACCGACCCCCCAAGAUAUAAUGCGAUCAUUGGUAAAGCAGAUCUCUCUCACAAGGGAAGAAAAUGAUUGUCGUGUUCGGUGUCCGCUAUUGAAAGUGUAUAAAUCAAGACAAGCAGAAGCGAGCCAUACCGGAGAAAGACCGGCACCGCUGACGGUAGAAGAUUGUGUGGAAGUCAUAUGUGAAAUCGGCCGAGCGACUCCGUUAACAAUUGUUAUUGAUGCAUUAGACGAGUGCAGCUCUCAAGAACGACGCAUUCUCCUCGAGGCUCUUGAGGAGAUUCGACAACGGUGCCGAGAUGUUGUCAAGAUCUUUGUUUCGAGUCGGUAUGAAGAAGAUAUUGCAGUGGCAUUCAAGAAAGGCGAAACCUUAGAGGUGACUUUUCAAUCAAAUCACGAAGAUCUGAAGCAAUUUGUCGAAAUUGAGGUCGAAAGAUUCGUGAAAAGAUGGUCUACUAUGCAUGGUGAGUCGGACCUGGCGCUGCAUAAGCUUGGGGAGGACAUAAAGGAGGCACUUAUGACAGGCGCACAAGGAAUGUUUCUCUGGGUUACUCUCCAGCUCGAAAGCAUUAGCGAUACCGACCAUGUCAAGGAUAUUGACAGUAUUCGCCAGGCCUUGACCUCGCUGCCUCCAACCCUCAGCAAAUCAUAUGAGGCCAUCUACAGACGAAUAAACUCUAUGAGCGAGAGCACGAGAAGAGUGGCAAUCUCAAGCUUCCAAUGGCUCUUGUGCGCGAAAAGAAAGCUCUCAGUCUCCGAACUUGUGGCUGCUAUCAGCAUGUUCUCGACCCAGUCAUCCCAUGUAUCAGCAAGAUCAAUCCGCGACUAUUGCUGCAACCUGGUGACGAUAGACAACGAAGCAGACACGUUCCGCCUAGUUCACUUGACAGUCCGAGAAUUCCUUGAAACUUUACCCGAGUUCUCUAUCGACGAGUCCAAUGCAACUAUUGUCGACGGGUGCUUAGGCCUAUACCUGCGGGAGGAACGCGAGUCCAAUAUUUUGAGUUACGCUACUUGGUAUUGGCCGGCUCAUUUGGAGCAGCUCAGUGGAUCACCCCAAAGAGAAAUGAUCAAGCCAGCACUUCUCGAGUUUUCCACGGAAGAAGAACACUUUGAAGAUUGGCUGGAUGAUCUUGAUACACUGAAUAUUGAGAAUAAUCCGAGUUGGAGCAACUCGCUUCACAGAAAGCUCACUGCAUCAUUCGCCUCGCCACCAUCAGCAUUGUUUAUGAUGUCUUGCUUUGGCCUCGAAGAAGUACUUGAAUCUUCUGAGCUUGCUCGGGCAAUGGAUUUAAAUCAAAGGAAUAAGCAUAAUACUUCGGCACUAUACCUGUCCGCUCGUUGGGGCCACAUCGCGAUGACCCAGAGACUCCUAGAUCUGGGGGCAGCUGUGGAUGCCCCGGGCUCUCAACAUGGAACUGCACUACAGGCAGCAUCCUUUGCUGGGCAUGGAGAAAUUGUGAAGAUUUUACUUGAAAGAGGCGCUUCUUUCUCCCCAGCUGGAACUUCCCAGGCCGAAAAAGUGGAAUACUCAAGUCCGCUCCAAGCUGCUCUAGCCAAUGGGCAUGACGGGGUCGCCCAAUUUUGCUCUCUCUGGGGGAAAUCACGGCAAGCAAGGCGAUUAAUACAAGAAUAUGGUAAUGGUCGCAUAAACGAAGAGAACGGGUACUUCGGAAAUGCCCUCGCCGCCGCCAUUGCCAGCCGAAAAGUUGGUCUCGUGCAGCUUGUCAUCGAUGCCGGCGCCAACAUUGAUGCUCGCGGACGUUUUGGCUCUCCCCUGCGGGCUGCUGUUAUAUCUGGUCAUCUCGAGAUUGCAAGAUACCUAUUGAAGAAAAAAGCCAACCCUAACACCGAAGACAAAAAGCUCGGUGACCCGCUCCAAGCCGCUGCCUCCUUAGGAAAUGUCGAUAUGAUGUUGAUGCUACUGGAUCACGGAGCACGUGCAGAUGGAUUUGGUGGCCACUUUGGCAACACGCUACAGGCUGCCUCUUUUAAUGGACAUGAGCAGUGUGUUCGACUCUUGAUUGAGCGGGGUGCUGCAUUAGACUUCAAACAUAAUUAUAUGCCGGUCCGAUAUCGUGAUGCGCUGCAAGCGGCCGUAUAUGCUGGCCAUGAGAAUAUCGUCAACGUACUCUUCGCAGCUGGGGCGAAGCUUAACCGGGAACGCCAUGAGUACAAUCCGUUUUGCAGCCUAUCCUGUAGGUCUAAGAGGAUUGCGCUACCAGGGUUAAGGACGGGUACGGGCAGACUGGACAUUCCAGCUUGGCUGGGGCCACUUGAGGUCGCUGCUCGAAAGGGCAAUGUUAUUUUGGUUAGGAUGCUACUAGCCAAGGGGGCUCGAAUAGAUGCCAUGGAUGCUAGUUCUGAGGAUAAUGAGUACCACUGGGGAUGUGCGUACACUGCCUUGCAGAUCGCAGCUUUCUGGGGACAUCUGCCAGUGGUGGAACUUCUCUUAGACCAUGGAGCAGACCUCGAUGCUCAGCGACAGACCCUUGGAACCCCCUUACAGGCAGCUUUGGAGGGAGGCCAUUUUGAUGUCGCAGAGGUGUUGCUGUCCCGGGGUGCAGAGAUUGAUAGGCAUUGGGGAAUGUUUGGAUCAUGCCUCCAGGUUCAUUCGGAGCGAGGGAACUUUAGGGUCGUUGAGUUUCUGUUGGAUCACGGAGCAAACAUCGAAGAUUCAGGUGGUGAAAAUGGUAAUGCACUUCAGGUUGCCUGUGAUGCAGGGCAUAUUGACAUUGUUCGGUUCUUGCUUGGCAGGCAUGCGGAUGUGAGGGCAUCUGGAAAGGACCUAGGAAAUGCACUGCAGGCAGCCUCUUAUAAGGGACAUCUCGACAUAGUAAAACUGCUUCUUCGCCAAGGUAUAGAGGUGGACGAGACUGACGGCGAUACUGAAACAGCGCUCUGCCUUGCUGCAGGCAACGGACACGAGAAGACGGUGAUCUUUCUGCUGCAACAAGGAGCCAACGUCGAUGGUUAUUCCACUUUUCUCAACAAGCACAUAAAACCCCGGGAACAACAAAGUAUUGUGGCAGUUCCUCUUCAUCUUGCCGCCGUUGGUGGACACGAAGCUACCGUCUCCAUACUCCUCGAAAACGGGGCAAACGCCCAUCUAGAAGGAACAUACCGUUUGAAUAGCAGUUUUACCUCCGAUGAAAGUGAUUUCAGCGAAUUCAAAAGCACACCAAUGUUCGCGGCAUGUUUUUGGGGACAUGCAUCAAUUGCCAAACGACUAUUUCAAGAGGACCCAUGGAGCUAUUUAUCUCAUGACGUGUAUAUGUCUAUCGUGAAGACAAGUCUGAGUCGCGGUAAAAAGGAGAUUGCAACAAUGCUGGUUCAAGAAGCAAUACUGGCAGGAUUCAAAGUCGAGCACUUCGAAGGCCCUUUCAGAUACGCCUGUGUAAAGGGGUGCACGGAGAUUUUGAAGCAAAUUUUGGAGCAUUUUGUUCUCGAAAAUUGGCCCGCUGCUAUCUUGCUGGCCGCAGAAGAAGGUAGAGGCGCUGUUGUUGAAGUCUUGCUGCAAAAUGGAGCUGACGUUGACAUUCGCGACGAGCACGGGAAUCUGGCAUUAGACCUCGCCAUCAAAGGAAUCAAGAAAUACAAAUACCACUACUGGCCCUCAAACCCACCAAGCUGGACUGAAGUCAUCAUGGUCUUGCUUUGUGCAGGGGCUAAAACAAAUGACUUCUCUGGCAAGAUUAGGGAGAUCUUCCCGGUUAUUGUAAAGCGCGGGAGAGUUGAUAUACUGAGAACAUUGGAUCGCUGCGGAUGCAAUAUACUCUAUGACGCUACAGUCUAUUCAGAGGCCUUGGUCAAAGCUUCAGCCGACGGCGACAUCGAAAAAAUCAAUUACAUGAGCACCAAGCUUGUUCCCUCAACUGGGGAUAUCAAAGCUGCCAUUCUGGCUGCAAUAAAAUGUCAAAGUGAUCAAGCGGAUCGAAUACUGGUGAUCAAGGCACUCCUGAGUCUCAAAAGACCGCUUUUCCUCAAUGAAGUUCAAGGUUUCGAGCCAUUGGUAAUUGCUUCUGAGAAGAAGUAUCCCGAGAUUGUGGCCAUCCUACUCCAGCAUGCUCGACACGGCAAACCGGUCGUUGAAAAAGCUUUCUAUGCGGCUAUACGGCGUGGUAGUGUCGCUUGCGCACGCCUCAUCCUUGAGUCACAGGGCUGGGUACCUGCUGAACGCCUUGAGCUUUGUUCACGCGCUAUUCUAAAAUAUGGUACUCGCAUUGAUGAGGACCUAUCUGCGUAUCUUUUUGAUCAGGGAGUAUGCCCGAACGCAAGGGAUUCCCAAACUGGUGCAACUAUGUUGUAUAUCGCCGCUACCAGGUUUUAUACUUCCAGCGUUGCUCGAAAUUUUAUGGCCCAUGGGGCGAGUCUCGACCUCGACGGAGGCGAGUAUGGGACAGCACUACACGGAGCAGCAGUUUCUGGGAAGUGGGAGUCAGUGGAGCUGCUCCUUUCGUCUGGUGCAGAUGUUAAUGCACAGAAUGAGCGUGUUGGUACGCCACUGGUGGCAGUGAUGAUGCAGACGUGGGAAGAUUGCUCUAGAAUGAAUGGGUUCAAGUGCUAUUUGAAUUGCCAUCAGUGCUGUGCAAGGCUGCUGCUAGAUUGGGGUGCGGAUGUCGAUGCCAAAUGUGGAGAGUUUGGUACGGCGCUACAAGCUGCGCAGAAGGUUGGAAACAAACUGGGCAUAAAGAUGCUCCUACGAGACGAGCAGCUCGGUGUCAAUGACACUGAUAUAUUCGCAUCUUAA